AUGCUAAGGGAACUAUACUGCUACAGACUGCGCAGGCGACUGUGCACAACACAGAGUACAGAGAGAGCUACAUUGAGACUAGUAUUUAAUAGUGGUAGCCACAGAUCUUACAUAACGGAAGAAGUGUGUCAUAAGCUUUCUUUGAGAAUACUUGGUAAGAAAGACUUAGUCAUUGCUACAUUUGGGAACACCGGAAAAAGGAGGCAGUCCUGUAAGAUUGCUCAAGCAGUUCUAGAAACUAAUGAUGGGAACACACUGGUUCUCAAUCUAAUGGUUUUUCCACUUAUCUGUGAGCCUUUGGUUGGUGUAUCACUAAGAGACUGCAUCAGAGGCUAUGAUCACUUGAAGGACUUAGAUCUUGCAGAUCCAGGCACUAAUGGAGAUGUCAUUAAGCUGGAUAUUCUCAUAGGACUGGACUAUUAUUGGGACAUAGUAUCUGGGGAGGUACUGCGAGGAGAUAGUGGGCCUACAGCUACAUACUUAAGUCUGGGAUGGCUCUUGUCAGGUCCUGUUGCUUCAGAUUCUACAACUCUUGUAACUUAUUUACAGAAGUUUUGGGAGAUUGAGUCACUUGGAAUUUGUGAAAAGGAGAGCACCCUUUAUGACCAGUUUAAGAAGAAUGUUACUUUUGAUGGAACACGAUAUGAAGUUACUCUACCUUGGAGAGAAGAUGUUUCAUCUAUUCCUGAUAACUAUCAACUGUCUUUAAAACGAUUGAAUGGAUUGCUUCGCAGAUUGAGAAAAAACCCUACACUACUUGAGAAACACAAUAAGGCCAUUGUCACUCAAUUGGAUAGUGGUAUAGUUGAGGUAGUGGAAAAUCCUACAAGGACUGAUAUAGAGAGGGUUCACAAUUUGCCACAUCACUGUGUAGUUAGAGGGGAUAAGGAAACAACCAAGUUACGCAUUGUUUAUGAUGCCUCAACAAGAAGCACUGGUCCUUCACUGAAUGAAUGUCUUUAUGUUGAGCCAAAGUUCAAUCAGAUAAUAAUGGAGUUACUAGUUAAAUUUAGGGUUCACAAGUGUGCUUUCAUUGCCGAUAUAGAGAAGGCAUUCCUUAUGAUUUCUGUUGGGAAGCAGGACAGAGAUGUACUAAAAUUAUUUGGGUGA